AUGCACGGCGCCCACCAAGCGAACGAGCGGCACCAUGUGUUGGUGAACUGCGUGCAGGGCAUCUCCAGGUCUGCGGCAGUAGUAUUGGCCUAUCUCAUGAAGUACGAUAGGAUGAGCUUACGGGACGCCUACCACUUCCUGCGGCACCGCCGCAGCAUCGCAGACCCCAGGAAGGAGUUUUUGCAGCAGCUGGGGGUCUUGGAGCGUCGGCUCUUCGGGCUGGAGGCGCCCACCUUGAGCGGGGAGGUGGCCUUUGCAGGGCGCCACAUGCUGAACCUGGAUGAUGCUCCCAUGCCAGUGCCACAGAAGGAUGUGGAGGACCCGGAGAUGCGGCACGAGCUGCAGGCGCUGCAGAAGGUUCUGCAGCACCUCAACUCGCACCUGCAGAGCAUCGGGGCCGAGGCUGAAGCGGCUGCGCAAGCGGUGCGCACGCUGGGCCAAGAAGCAGGCGACGCCGCUUGCGAUGUUCACAUGACGAGCGUCACCGAGCAGUACGUGAUGCAGAAGCAGCACAAUUGCGCUGAGCCGGAGAUGGAGUCGGAGCUCCACGCCUGCAAGGCGCUGCUGGACUACAUGUCCCACGCGGCGGCAGCAAUGCUGGAGGAGCGUGACAAUUGGAGAAGGCAGGCAGAGGAGGAAGACACGCGAGGUGGAGCGGUGCGGCCAAUUGUUUGA